GGUUAUUCGACUUUUAUUUGAAAAGUGUCAAUUUCUUUUAUUUGAAGUUGCAAAAAAGACAAAUUACUUUUUCUAAAAUUUAAAGUGUAAAUGAAAUAUGGAAACAGAAAAUUCUUACGGUUCACGAGAUGUGGAUAUUAAACUAGGAUCCGGCGAUAAUGAAUGUAAUGUUGACGAAAACGAUACAGAAGAUAUAGAUGUGAGAAGUCAAUACGGCAGCAUGAACGAUAAUAUUCUAGAUGACAUAGUCGAAGUAGAAGAAACUGAUGAAAAUUCAUCUGAGGAGAGUAGUGAUGAUGAUGAAAAUACAACAGAAGAAUCAGAAAAUAGUGAAGCAGAAUUGGAGCCUGAUAUAAAAGGGGAGGAAUCAAAUCUUAAUAUCAGUGAAACUAUCAUUACACCUGAAAGUAACGAAAGUAGCAAUGCAAUAGAAGUUAUUAAGGCUGAUCCAAGUAGAACCAAUGUGGCUCUUAUAAGAAAAUUCAAUAAAAUGGAAGUUGCUGAACGACCACGUGAAUAUAUUUCUCUUCUCGGACCUGAUUCAUUCUGUAAAACAGGUACAUUAGCUCAAGAACCUUGGCCAAGCGAUGUGAAACUAUAUCAACCUUACGAAGUAGAACAGAUAUUACUACCAGAUAAUGCAAACUGCCUAGCUGUUCAAGCUUUUUUGCGAAUGUGUCAAUUGAAUUAUCAAAUUGAAUCAAGAGCAAAUGCUGAAGCAAUGUCUCCAACUGGUAAAGUACCCUUCAUUAAAUGUGGGGCAUUCGUGGUGUCUGAACUCGAAGGAAUAGUCCAAUUUGUUAACAAUAGAGGUAUUUCACUUACGGAAAAACUGGAUACUGAAGAAAAAUCUGAUAUGAGGGCUUACAUGUGCCUGAUUCAUAAUGUCAUUGAGAAAGCAGAGCUCUAUAUAUGUUGGAUGGAUAAUGAAACAUACAAUGAUGUGACUAGUAUUAGGCAUGGAUCAGUAUAUCCUUGGCCUCUUAACCACAUUCAGAAUUGGACGAAACGUAAAACUGUAAUGAAAAAUUUGAAAGUAUGGAACUGGUAUGAUAAAAAACUUGAAGAAGUUUUUCAGGAAGUUGAAAAUGCCUGUCAGGCUUUAUCAGAUCGUUUGGACAAUAAGGAAUAUUUUUUUGGAGAUCGAACAGAACUUGAUGCUCUUGUAUUUGGACAUGUGUACAGUAUGUGCUCGUCCUGUUUUCACUUGAAAGAAUUUAAAAAUAUUUUGAAGAAAUUUCGACCUCUCUUGAAACACUGCGAAAGGAUAUGCAAGUUGAUGGACAAAGAAACAGAAUAUUUUGAUGAUUUGUUGUUGGCUGAAUCAGGCGAUCAAUAAAUAAUAUUCAUGAA